AUGGAGUUCCCAUUGCAAGCCGUGGUGGCCAUCCAUCGCGAGUGCACGACACUGGCGUUCGACACAACAUUCGUGUGCAACACCAACGCGAUUCACAGCGGCAGCACGAUGCGGGCGCUGCUCUUCCUCGGCACAAGCAUCGUGUCGUCGCUCAUCUUUUUUGAACAACUUCGUGGAAGUUCCCCCGUUAUGCGUCCGCCAACCCUUACCGCUCCCUGCACCGUCGCAGACCCGCCCACGGUGGCCCCGACGUCGUGGUGGUCGUCCCUGUUGCUUGUCGUUGGGUUUGCGUACAUUGUGGGUACACUAGCCAGCAGUGUCAUGUACCUUAUGGUGCUGGAAGGGAAAAUGUCCAACGACUUUUGGUGGCAAGGGUUCAAUUCCACGGGGGGGCAUCGGUUUCUAGCGUCGUUGUUAACGUCCCAGUACAAGACCGGGGACAUGGACUUGACAGCGCUUCCAAUCUACGGAGCAUUCAACACGACAAACGACGCUGUGGACUUUUCGCUGCCCCAUAGCAUGAACAUUCCUAGCACAAGCAUCGACCAACGUCGCCAUACAGGGGCUUCGCUCCAUGCACGGAUGCUUGGGGGGGUGCCGUGGCUAGCCACACAGUAUUGCUGGGUGGACUUUGACAGGAAAUGGGAGUUGGCCAAUUCUCGGCUGCGGUAA